AUGGGGAAGAGACAGCCCCCACCCCAUGCCGAGGGCUGGAGAGGUGCUGACCUGCCCGGGGUGGGCAGCAGGGCUGGGGAGAAGUGGGACUCCAGCAAAGGUGCCUUCCCGCACAUCUGGAGAGCAGCUGGGGGUCCCCUCCCUCCCGUGUCCCCACAGGGUGCCCAGGUGUGGAUCCCCGACUCUGUUGAAGUCUGGAGGGUGGCAGAAAUAACCAGAGGCUACAAGGAAGGAGAUGCCAUUCUCCACCUCCGGUUGGAAGAUGGCUCGGCGCUGGCCUACCCCAUUGAGUUCCAGCUGCCACCUCUCUGCAACCCCGACUGCCUCUCAGGUGCUGAUGACCUGGUGGCCCUGAGCUACUUGCAUGAGCCAGCCGUGCUGCACUCGCUCCGCCGGCGCUUCCUGGAGGCCAACGCCAUCUACACCUACUGUGGUAUCAUCCUUGUUGCCAUCAACCCCUACAAACCGUUGCCCAUCUAUGAGGAGGAGGUGAUUUACGCCUACAGCGGCCAUGAAAUGGGGGACAUGGAUCCUCACAUCUUUGCUUUGGCAGAGGAGGCGUACAAGCAGAUGGUGAGGUUUGGGAAGAACCAGUCCCUCAUCAUCAGUGGUGAGUCAGGUGCGGGGAAGACUAUGUCGGCCAAGUAUGCCAUGAGAUACUUCACCACUGUCGGGGGCUGCCUAGGCGACUCCAGCAUGGAGGAGAAGGUGCUGGCCUCCAGCCCCAUCAUGGAGGCCUUUGGGAACGCAAAGACAACCAGGAAUGACAACAGUAGCCGCUUUGGGAAGUACAUUGAGAUUGGCUUCAGCCAAGCGCAUGUCACAGGGGCCACCAUCAAAACGUACCUGCUGGAGAAGUCCCGUGUCACCUUCCAGGCGAAAGCGGAGAGGAACUACCACAUCUUCUACCAGCUCUGUGCCUCGGCCACCCUGCCUGAGCUUCAGGGCCUGGGUCUUUGUGGGGCAGAGUCCUUCCACUACACUUGCCAGGGCCAGUGCGCCACUGCCCAGAGCACCAACGAUGCGGCUGACUUGGAGAGCACACGGCAUGCCUUCUCGCUCCUGGGUGUCCCCGAGGCUGACCAGCUGGAGCUUUUCAGGGUCCUGGCUGCCAUCCUGCACUUGGGCAACGUUGUGGUCAGGGGGAGGGACCGCCGUGGGGAUGGGUGCUUCGUGGAGCCCACCGAUGAGGCCCUAGGGCUGUUCUGCACGCUGCUGGGUGUCGAGGCAUCGCAGGUGAUGCGCUGGCUCUGCCACCGCAAGCUGGUCACUGCUGGUGAGACCUACCUGAAGCCCCUCUCCAGGCAGCAAGCGCUUGACGCCCGGGAUGCCCUGGCCAAGCAUAUGUACGGGCAGGUCUUCAGGUGGAUGGUGAGCAGGGUCAACCGUGCCCUGCGGUCACUGGAGGGCCACCAUACCUCCAUUGGCAUCCUGCAGAUCUCUGCUGCCCACAGGUUUGAGAUGUUUGAGUUCAACAGCUUUGAGCAGUUCUGCAUCAACUAUGCCAACGAGAAGCUGCAGCAGCUCUUCAACCUGCAUGUCUUCAAGCUGGAGCAGGAGGAGUAUGUGACCGAGGAGAUCCCAUGGGUCUUUGUUGACUUCUUUGACAACCAGCCAUGCAUUGAGCUCAUCGAGGGCCGGCUUGGCAUCCUGGACCUGCUGAAUGAGGAGUGCAAGAUGCCACAAGGUAGUGAUGGGAGCUGGGCCCAGAAGCUUUACCAGACCCAUCUUGGCAGCUCCUACUUCCAGAAGCCCAAGAGGCCCACGGAUGCUUUUGUUGUCUGCCACUUUGCUGGCAAGGUGGAAUACCAGUGUGAUGGGUUUGUGGAGAAGAACAGGGACACUGUCCCUGAGGAGCUGGUGGGACUGCUGCGAGCCAGCAAGAAGUUUGCCCUGCUCACGGAGCUCUUCCUGGAGGAAGGGGAUGGCCCCAUCUCCCUGCAGUCCCGCAGGUCCAGUGGACCCAGGAUGGUUGGUCGCCCUAGCCGCAGAUCACUGCCUGGUAGCCAAAAGAGCAAGAAAUCCAUCUCCAGCCAGUUCAAAGCCUCCCUGAACCGGCUGAUGGAGAUGCUGGGCAGCACCACGCCGCACUACAUCCGCUGCAUCAAACCCAACGAUGGCAAGAAGCCCUUUGUGUUUGACUCCAGGCGAGCAGUGGAGCAGCUACGAGCCUGUGGGGUCCUGGAGACCAUCCGGAUCAGUGCCUCAGGCUAUCCCUCCAGGCUGACGUACCAGGAGUUCCUAGAGAGGUACAGGGCUCUGGUGAGCAGAGAGGAGCUGAGGAGCGCUCACGAGAAGCAGAUCUGCAGCCUUGCCCUGGAGAGACUGCUUCAAGACCCCAGCAAGUACCAGUGUGGGAAGAGCAAGGUGUUUUUCCGGGCUGGCCAAGUGGCAUACCUGGAGGAGCUGCGGUACCGGCGGCUGAGGGCAGCCUGCGUCCUGCUGCAGAGGCACCUGCAGGGCUCUUUGGGGUUCGCCAGGAUGCUGCGAAGGACCAGGGCUGCUGUGAUGCUGCAGAAGACCCUGAGGAUGGUUCUGGCCCGACGCGCCUACCUCCGCCUGCGUCGGGCUGUCAUCACCAUCCAAGCCUUUGCCCGCGGCAUGUUUGCCCGGCGCAUUUACCAACAGAUGAUGUGGCACCAGAAAGCCGUGGUGAUCCAGGCUGCUGUCAGGGGCUGGCUGGGCCGCCCCCGCUAUGCCCGCCUGCGCGGGGCCGUCAUCUACCUGCAGUGCUGCUACCGCCGGCUGCGGGCGCGCCGGGAGCUGCGGCAGCUGCGUGUCGAGGCACGCUCGGUCGAGCACUACAAGCAGCUGCACAAGGGCAUGGAGAUCAAGGUGAUCCAGCUGCAGUGCAGGCUGGAUGAGCAGGCCCAGGAGAAGCAGCGGUUGGUGGAGCAGCUCUCGGGGCUGAACGUUGCCCAUGCUGAGGAGGUGCAGCGCCUGCGGGCGGAGAUGCAGCGGCUGCGGGAGGAUGCGGCCCGUGAUGCGCAGGUCCAGCAGCUGCAGGAGCGGCUGGCCGAGCUGGAGAGCCACAGCGCGAAGAACAGCCUGAGCCAGGAGGUUGAGGAGCUGAAGCAGCGCUUGGCAGAGGUGGAAGCCAUGAAGCUGCAGCUGGGGGAGGAGAGGGAUGCCCUGGCGCAGCGCAUGUUGGAGCAGUCGCGGGAUCUGGAAGAGCGGCACCAGCGUGCGGCACGAGAGAGCCAGGGGCUGCUGCAGGAGCUGGAAGAGGAGCGGGCGCGCUACCAGAGCCUGGUGCAGGAGUAUGCCCGCCUGGAGCAGGGCUACGAGAACCUGCAGGAUGAGGUGGCCUUCCACAGGCAAAGCACCUUGAGACGGUCCCCUUCAUCAGAGAGCUUCUUGGGCUCCGAGAGCAGCUACUUGUCCUCCAUGUCCACAGCUCCUUCACGAGACAGCUCUGACCAGCAGGCUGAGGGGCUGGAGGAGCGGUGGCAGCUGGUGCCAGAGGGACCACAGCCACAGCCCAGCAGUGAGGUCCCACAGAAUAGCGGUGUGGGCCAGGAUCCCUUCGAGAAGGCCUACCUUCUCCUCCUGGGGCAGCUCAGUGCCGUCAACGAGGAGUUGGCCCGCACCCGGGAGGAGCUGCGGAGGUCCAAGACCACCAUGGAGCCGGAGGAGAGGAAACCCUUGGACUUCCUCAAGCGCAGGAACAUAGCUGAGAUGCUGGGGCUGGGCAGGAGCCCGGAGAAGGUGGCAGUGGAUGAUGACUUGAAGCACGCAUACGAUGCGGUGCAGGUUGCCAACAGGCUGCUGGCGAGUCAGCUGCGGGAGGAGAAGCAGCAGCAUGAGGAGGAGAUAGAAGGGCUGCACCUCGACAUCUGCUCGCUCAAGCAGCUGAGCCAGCAGCAGGCAGCCCUCAUCCAGGACCUGCAGCGGCACCAGGGGCAGGAGGGGCUGCAGCACCAUGUCCUGCGGCUCAAGCAGGAAAACUUGGAGCUGACCCAGAAGCUGGACAAGCAGGAGAGGACCACAUUGAAGCUCCAGAAGCAGCUGAGAGCCUAUGCGAAGCAGAUCCAGGAGCUCACAGGCAAGUGCCUGCUGAAGAGAGAGGCUACUGGGCCAGUGCAGGAGUUGGCAGCAUCUGCAGCAGUCCCAUCCUGUUCCCACGUGGUCCCGUCCCUGGCUGGGCCGUCCCAGGCCAUGCUAGCAUGGAGGAUGGAGGAUGAAGGACGCAUUAUCAAGGCCAUCAUUACAGACUACAAACCACAGAGCAGCCCUGGGGCACUCCCAGACCUACCAGCCUACGUCCUCUUCCUGUGCUUCCGGCAUGCGGACCACUGCCGUGAUGAGCCGCGGGCCCACUCGCUCCUGGAUGCGGCCAUCAAUGCCAUCAAAAGGGUCAUGAAGAAGCACAGUGAUGACUUUGACGUGGUGGCGCUCUGGCUUGCCAAUACCUGCCGGCUCCUGAACUGCCUGCGCCAGUACAGCCAGGAUGAGAGCUACUGUCAGGGGAACACGGCACGGCAGAACAAGCAUCGCCUGCAGAACGUGGACCCCCAGAGCUCCUGCCGCAGCCUGGGUGCCCUGGCUGUCCAGCUUUACCAGCAGCUCAUCCGCACCGCCGAGAAGCAUCUCAAACCCAUGAUUGUUGCCGCAAUGUUGGAGAGUGAGCCCAUACAGGGCUUGUCUUCUUCCUCCUGCCCUCCUGGCCACCGCCGGUCCUCGGCAGCCCCUGCCCACACCCUGCCAGAGCUGCUGCAGCAGCUGAGCUCCUUCCAUGCAGUGCUGGACCACCAUGGACUGGACCCCAGUGUGGGACACCAGGCCCUGCGCCAGCUCCUCUUCCUCAUCAGCGGCACCACCCUCAACUACCUCCUGCUGAGGAAGGACACAUGCUCCUGGAGCCGCGGCAUCCAGCUCAGGUACAACAUCAGCCAGCUGGAGCAGUGGCUGCGGGCAGAGGGGCUGCAGCAGAGCGGGGCCCGUGAGAUGCUGGAGCCCCUAGUCCAGGCUGCCCAGCUGCUGCAGGUGAAGAAGGUGACCGAGGAGGAUGCUGGAGCUCUCUGCAGCCUGUGCACGGUGCUGUCACCCCCGCAGGUUGUGAAGAUCCUGCGGGCUUACACCCCGGCUGUCGGGCUGGAGGAGCGCGUCAGCCCCAGCUUCAUCAGCAGAGUUGAGAGGCAGCUGCAGGCCCAGUAUGGAGGGGAAUCCAGCCAGCUCCUGGUGGACACCAGCCACCUCUUCCCUGUGCAUCUGCCCUUCACCGCCUCCCCCCUGCACCUGGAUGAGCUCCACAUCCCUGAUGCCCUCAACCUGACCUUCCUUGUGCAGCACUAA